AGAGGCCGACAAUGACAUGCGCCGUUGUACGUCAUCACGCAAUGUUUUCAUCACUACGUCACGUGGACAACACCGUUCAACAACUGAGUAGCUAUGUCAACUUGAGUCUUCUUUUCUCUGACAGGUCUGCAGUGACCGGAGACUCCGAGAGAAUGGAUGGGUUUCCUGUGAAGAUGACAGAGGCAGUGUGUCUUGGGGCCAGCCUUGCCCUCUCAGGCAUCUGCUACUAUCUCCAUAGGAAGAGCCGGAAAACACUAGAUAAACUCGAUGAUGCUCCACACUUCACCAUAGAUGGAAAACUCAAAGACAUUUUGAAAGUUACUCCAGGAGCGUGUCUACAGUAUGCUGUCAUCGAAGGUGCUGUGCACCCAGUAGGCGAGCCUCUGACAAGCCCCUUCCAAAAAGACUUUGUCGGGGUGUUGCAGAAAUUCAUGUUGAGAGAACACAGGCUGGUGUGGAAUGGGCUUUCACGCACUUGGACGGACAGUGAACGAGUCUUGCACCAAAGAGUGAAUGCAGUGCCCUUUGUGUUAGUGGGAUCAAAUGAGACCGCAGUCAAAGUCCUGUGCCCUCUGCAGGCCUCUGGAGUACACAUGGAGACUACCCAUGAGAAGUUCCACCAGGUCAACUACGGCUUGGGUGACAUCAUAGGACAAUACCUCAGUGGGGAGAAGCUUAAAGGGCAACUGGAGACCGAGGAAAUGCUCAAAGUGGGCACAACUCUUACUGGCGUGGGUGAGCUGAUACUGGACACGGACGGCACCCUGAAUCUCCGACCCCCUUCUAAUGGCUCACAGUAUUUUUUGAGCAUUACAGACUUUGACACCCUGCUGGGAGAGCAAGAGAGCAAGGCUGUUUUGUGGAAGGCGCUGGCCAUUGGCUCUGCUUUGGUGGGGGCAGGGGUCCUCCUUUGGGUCGGCCGCCGCUACUACAACCAACUAAAACUUCGCUGGGAGAGGGAGCAGGAGAGGAGGGAAUUUGAGAGACUGCAGGCUGAAGCCCCAAGGGCACAUGCUCCAGCAAGGGGCCCUGAGGUCCUUCAAGACGGGGCAGAGGAAUACAUAGAGAAUGCCUGUGUGAUUUGCCUCAGUCAGCCACGGAACUGUAUUCUGUUAGACUGUGGGCAUGUGUGCUGCUGCCACAGCUGCUACCAGGCUCUUCCACACCGCCGAUGCCCUAUAUGCAGACAGGAUAUAAGCAGAGUGGUCCCUCUCUACCACGUCUAAGGCCCCUGUGUGAUGACAUGACCUCAGUGGGGCUUCAACGCCAUACAAACUGUACCAGCGUUACACCUCAAAGGUCUAGAGAAGUCUAAGUGACUGUUUACUGUAGGUUUUUCAACAAUUUCUAGGCAUUCACUUAACCUUCUCAAACCUACCUUUGUACAGCUUUUUCUGAUACGACCGAUAUUGCUGCUCCUUUGUCUACUUCCAUUUUUACAGUAGCCCUUUCCUCAUUUAACCUUUACAUACACAUAGUAGGGUUUCUCAAUUUCUGCAUCAUGUCAGAACCAGUUUCCUCACCCUCCGUCUCUAUAGACCUAAUCACUGUGACGUCACGUUAACACAUCAAUCACUUCCAGGUAGACAACUGGCUGCCAAUUUGAAUUUUGGAGAUAAGCGAAAUCGGCAAACUUUAUUUCUGUUUUCAUUUUCAACCGUAACUUUUGAAGAUAUGCAUUGUAAAACACGGGGGUUUGACGUUUCUGAUGUUUAUUUUCUGUACUGUGUUGAUUUGCUAGCAUCUUUGAUAAGCCAAAUCUAACAUCACGAACAGCAACAUCUCACCGCCGGUCAGUCGACUGCUUGUUUUGUCUCCAAGCUAACGUUAGUGAAAGUGUUGAUAUAUGAAAGCAUCAAACAUGCGUUUUAGGUGAAUGAGAUGAGUAACAUCCAGUUGUUCCUCGUCCCUGAUUGGUCAUUCUAUGGAAUAGAUGCUGGGAUUUUCUACCUGGAAGGUACUGUAAACAAACAUCGCGAUUCUUUUAUUAUUCUACAUUGGGUCUAUAGAAAACAGUUCAAGCCCUCUGACGUUACCUGCCUGGUACUUUGUGACAAAGUUUGGUGCUGGUUGAGUUUUUGCUGACCCUGCCUUCUGUCACUCCAGCUGGACAGGCAGGGGACGUCGUCAGGCCAACAGCCCCUCCACGGGACAGCCAGAAAGACUGGCCUCUACCACCGGCCAUCCCGGCUCUUUACUUUGGUCGCUUUCAUCCGCCUGGUCUGCAAUCUUACUGUUGUAAAGAAUAAAGAUUUUCUUUCAAGAACAUACUGUAUGUAUAAAAUAAUGUGAAUUGUAAGGAUAAUGUGCAAACACUUUGUUCACUAAAGAGUUUCAAUGAGGUGUAUCUGUAAUUGUAUAUAAGAAAUACAGGGAGAUGAAGUAAUUAGAAAAAGGUGUACAGAGAUGUUUAUUUUCCUACGUGUUAGUUCUGUGCCUUAUGGUAAUUUAUAUGGCUGCUACUGUCUUAGUGUGAUUCUGAAUAUGAAUAACUUAAGUCUGGUCAGAAGGAGCAAAGCUUUUGUUUCAACCACUUUCAGUUACAUUUGUGAGUCACAGGAAGUUAUUGAAGCAAAGAUACAUUUAUUGCCAAGAUGAAGUGAGUGUUAUUAAUGCACUAAAAACAGGCGAGAGUGUGUGAAAUGUUGGAUAGUUGGAACUAAACAAUAAAGCAUCACUGUUUGAACCAA